AUGGGGAAGAAGCAGGCUAAGAGUGAGGCUGCUCCCAGCUGUGAGCUAAAAUCCUAUUCUAAGUCCUUGGAUGUCCCGGCUUCCACCAUGAUGUUAAGUUCUAACCGGAAGAUGCCUGCUGAUGGUUCUGGAGACCACGGGGACACUGCCAGCCUGGGCGCGGUUAACACCAUCUACAGUAGUCAUUUCCCUUCACAAACCUCUGCAUCUCAGGAUGACCCCUUCACCACCUACUUUGAUGAGAAGAUCCCCAUUCCCGAGGAGGAGUAUUCUUGUUUUAGCUUCCGCAAACUCUGGGCGUUUACAGGGCCUGGCUUCCUCAUGAGCAUCGCUUAUCUGGAUCCAGGGAACAUAGAAUCCGACUUACAUUCUGGGGCUGUGGCCCAGUUUAAGUUGCUCUGGGUUCUCCUCCUGGCCACCAUCGUGGGGCUCCUGUUGCAGCGCCUGGCAGCCAGGCUGGGUGUGGUCACGGGCCUACAUCUUGCUGAAGUGUGUAACCGGCAGUAUCCUAAGGUCCCCCGAAUUAUUCUGUGGCUGAUAGUGGAGCUGGCCAUCAUAGGCUCCGAUAUGCAAGAAGUCAUAGGAUCAGCUAUUGCCAUCAAUCUCCUGUCUUCUGGGAAGGUUCCUCUGUGGGGUGGAGUUCUAAUUACCGUAGCAGAUACCUUCGUAUUUCUUUUUCUGGACAAAUAUGGUUUACGGAAACUGGAAGCAUUCUUUGGCUUUCUCAUCGCCAUCAUGGCCCUUACAUUUGGAUAUGAAUAUGUUACAGUGAAACCCAACCAGACCAAGGUGCUGAGGGGCAUGUUCGUGCCCUCUUGUUCAGACUGUCGCACCACACAGAUUGAGCAGGGCGUGGGCAUUGUGGGUGCUGUUAUCAUGCCGCACAACAUGUAUCUGCACUCUGCACUGGUCAAGUCCAGGCAGGUGAAUAGGACCAGCAAGCGGGAGAUCCGAGAAGCCAACAAGUACUUCUUCAUCGAGUCCUGCAUCGCUCUUUUCGUCUCCUUCAUCAUCAACGUCUUUGUCGUCUCAGUCUUUGCCGAGGCCUUUUAUAACCAAACCAACAAGGAAGUGCGUGAAAUCUGUGUCAAUAAUAGCAGUCCUCACAGUGACCUUUUCCCUCAGAACGACACCAUGUUGUCUGUGGACCUCUAUAAGGGGGGAGUGGUACUAGGAUGUUACUUUGGGCCUGCAGCGCUCUACAUCUGGGCAGUGGGCAUCCUGGCUGCAGGACAGAGCUCUACCAUGACAGGGACCUAUUCUGGCCAGUUUGUCAUGGAGGGAUUCCUGAACCUAAAGUGGUCACGGUUUGCCCGAGUGAUCUUGACACGUUCUAUUGCUAUCAUCCCAACGCUGUUGGUCUCAGUCUUCCAGGAUGUGGAGCAUCUGACAGGGAUGAAUGACUUCCUGAAUGUACUGCAGAGCUUACAGCUUCCCUUCGCCCUCAUCCCGGUCCUCACAUUUACCAGUUUGCGUCCAGUGAUGAAUGACUUUGCCAAUGCACUGGGCUGGAGGAUCGCAGGUGGGCUCCUCGUUCUUCUUAUCUGUGGCAUCAACAUGUACUUUGUGGUUGUCUAUGUUCAAGACCUGGCCAGCAUGGCACUGUAUGUGGUGGCUGCUAUAAUCUCUGUGGCCUAUCUUUGUUUUGUGCUUUACCUGGGUUGGCAGUGUUUGAUUGCUGUGGGCUUGUCCUUCUUGGACUGUGGACAGACGGUAAGCAUCAAUAAAGCCCUGCUGACUGAAGAUUCCGCUGGCGGCCACAUCAGCUGAACACUGGGUUAGCCUAUCUGUCCUUCGCAGGUAGCCAUCAGAGCCAGUGCGUUUCUAUGGUUUACUGUGUGAACUUAGCCACAUGUAUGUGCCAUUGCACAAAGCUCCGGGGUCUCCUUU